AUGUUUGCACGUGAACACAGCCCCCAAGGAAGUGGUUAUUGGACGGGGAGUGGUUCUCCUUGGCCUGUUGGUACUUGGGAGCGUGGAAAUUGGGACAAAAGUAAAGAUAAGCAGUCGAGAUGGCAGGACUUCCCAAAGACCGAUUUGCCAACAUACUCAGCAUUGCCGCGAAGUAUGGAUGAUUUUAAUAGAUUUCAAUCACACGAACACCGUGAGGAGCAACUCAGAAAGAGCCAGGAACGUGAUGAGGCUGUUAAAUUUUAUGGGUAUGGAGACCAUAGAGAUUCCGGGUUGGAAUUGAAACCGAAACGUUGGCAAGGGGGAGAGGCUGUUACUGAUCCAAAUAUUAUGAAAAAAUCGCUAAAACCUCGUCGUCUUUUCUACUCUCCGAUCGGUGAUGGAGUGGUGGAGGCUGACGGAAUAGAAAUGAAAUAUCCCCCAAGAGAUCUAACUCCACGUCGUUAUGUUUACCAUCAACGAUUUACAGAACAAGAUCCUGGUGCGCCAGGUAUACGUGUCAGCGAAAAAACAUGGCAUGAAGGAGGAGGAGAUGAUGGACCACAGGGCGCGACAUUCCACAGUUGGCCACAAAGUCCAGAUACUGGGGAUGGUGAUAGAGGGGAACGUGGGGGACCCCCUAGAGAUGCUGGCGAUGAUGGGAGGGGUAAAGGAGGCCCUCCAGUAAAAUGGCCGGCUGAUGAUUUGGAUGAUGGAAGAGGAAGGAAAAGGCCGAAUGAUGAUGGUGGUGAUAAUGGGAAGAGAGGAAAGGGGCCGGGAGAUGGACUUGGACCCUUGGGCAAGUUUCCACUGCUUGGUGAUGACGAUGGAAGACGCCCCAAAGGAGAUGAUUUGGAUGGAGGCAAGGGAAGAGAAGGGCCUGCUGGAGGAGUAGGCGAUAACGGGGGUAGAACUCCAAGAGAAGGAUGGCAAAUUGAAUUUAUAUCAAAUCCGCGUGAAUGCAUAAAUAUUUAUGGAACUGACACGAUUACUAAUAUUUUCGAUUUGGAGGAUCAUACACCCAAAACAAUAACAACAAUAAAAGAAACAUAUUCCCCAGCACCUCCAGAUCUUCCUUUACAUUUGGAAGAUGAAGAAAAUAGUAGGGAAGGAAAGAAAUUUUGA